UCGGCCCCAAAUUUAAAAUGCAGCGUCCGCGCUGACGACUGCGCCAUCGUCGGUUGACGUUCCAUUAGCUUCGUGGCUAAAAGAGAGCUAGCCCGCUUUUUGACUCCAGGACUGGACCACUGCUCUCCCCAAAGGACGACUUUACUAACAAUUUGACCGAUUUUACUGAAAGCAGCCCAUUUUACUCUUAAAGGUCGUGUAUAAAUCACGAGGGGGCGAACAUCAAGGUCAACUUUCUGAGAGUGUGCCGCUGUAGACCAAACUGACCCCCGCCCACAGUGUCAAACAGCAGACAGACGACAUCCCUGCCUGCACACAAACGCUAUGGAUCACUCACCCACCACCUCCAGCCUGAUGGCCAGCAACGUCACCAACAAGACUGACCCGCGCUCCCUUAACUCCCGUGUCUUUAUCGGCAACCUCAACACUCUGCUGGUCACCAAGGCCGACGUGGAGGCCAUCUUCUCCAAGUAUGGCAGGAUCGUGGGCUGCUCUGUCCACAAGGGCUUCGCCUUUGUUCAGUAUUCCAAUGAGAGGAACGCCCGAGCUGCUGUUGCCGGGGAGGAUGGGAAAAUGAUUGUCGGACAAGUGCUUGACAUCAACCUGGCUGGAGAACCCAAACCACACAGGUCAAAGACGACCAAGCGCUCAGCCGGAGACAUGUACAGUUCCUCAUUUGACCUUGACUAUGACUUUCAGAGAGAUUACUACGACAGAGUGUACUCGUACCCAUCCCGCGUGCCCCCUCCCCCUCCUCCCCUGUCGCGGGCCGUGAUCCCGUCCAAGCGCCCGCGGGUCAGCAUCAGUGGCGGAGGAGGCAGCCGACGCACCAAGACCAGCUUCUCCUCCUCCUCCAAGAGCAGCCAGAGGACCUCCUCAUCCAGAACAAUGAAAGUGGACGAGCUGCAGACCAUCAAGAGGGAGCUGUCCCAGAUUAAAAGCAAAGUGGAUUAUCUGCUGGAGAGCCUGGAGCGCAUGGAGAAGGACCACAGCAAGAAGUCAGCAGAAGCGAAAAAUGUGAAGACGGAGCCAGGAGAGGUGACGUCGCCCCAGCACCCCAGCAGCAAGAAGGAGGAAGGGCUGAAGAGAGAGAGGGAGAGCCAGGAGCUCAACGACUCUGAAGAGGAGGAAGAAGAGGAGGGAGACCUGCUGGAGGAAGAGGAGGAGGUGAAGAGUCAAGAGAGGGAGGAGGAAGAGGAAGAAGAGGAGGAGGAGGAAGGGGAACAUGUGGAGGGUGAUGAUGAAGGCGACAGCGUCAACGGUGAAGAGGACUCCUAGAUACUGAACGGACAGACGUGUCGCGGCAUCCACACGGCUUCCAGUGGGAACUUGGACUCCUGUUUUAAUACCCACAUCGCGGAUACACUAGCGCAGCAAACACAUGCGCGCGCGCACACACACACAAGCAUGGCGUACCGUACCCCACACGUGAUCCAUUGUCCAGCACAUCAUUUGAUUGGCCCGUUUUUCAUUUUUAGUUGUGUUGUCGUUUUUCUUUUCCCGGAUGUAUCAAUGGAACAGGAAUAGGUAGCUGUAGGUUUAUUUCUGCUUUUACUGAGCUGUUUUUUGUCUUCUGUCCAGCAGAAGGCAGGAACAUGGACACUAAUCUUCUCAGAGAGACCACAGCUUGAAAUGUCUUAAUGCAAUUAUGAUGGUGAUGAUGAUAUUUCAGCCACAAAAGACUGGUAAUGUUUUUAAGUUUGUAUUUUUUUCUAGGAUGUGAAGUUUGUUUGACCUUGUGUGUUCAAUAUUUUCAUGUCACUGUUUUUUAUACUAUUCAGUUUCUCUUCAACUGUAAAGAAUUAAAUUGCAAUAAAAUAUUAAAAUUGGA